UUCAGGAGAAGUGCUUCCCGAAGGUUUUGAACGACCAAAAGAUAUAUUUGAACAGAAAAUUGAAGACGAAGACAAUGAUAUGCCUAAAAUUAAAAGCGGUAGUCAACCGGAUGGCGCCCUAAUAAAUAUAGAUCCCAAGCGAUCCAAAUAUGCUAAAGUAAUGGGAGAUCAAGUUUGCCAUUACAUUGUAAGAGACAAGAAAUGCUACAGAAAUGGCAACUGUACUGAUGUUAGUGCAGACAAACACAACUUUCCGCCUAAUAUUGUGGCCGCUAUUAAGGCAAAGGAUGAUAACUGGUAUUUCAUUCAUUUGAAUGGACAGUACUGUAAACGACACGUCAAUAAUGUUGAAGAUUGCAACAAAUGGUCUCCCCUUCAAACCAUUAUAGGAUGCGAUACAAUGAAGGCACGGCUUAAUUUUAAAUACCGAUACCUGUGYCGAAAUCCCAAAUUGUCUGCCGGCGCCAACUAUGAGCCAUACAUAUACCUGUUUAAGGAUGGCAUGUACUGGAAGUUUAAUAAUAAUUAUACUCCGAAGAAGCCUUUYGGUGAUCUUAUUGACGGCGGUGAUCCGGCCCGAGAAAAAUGGCCGGGAAUUCAUUUUCCAGGCGGUACGAGUUGGGAGAACCGUAACUUUAUUAUUAUCUACAAAAACAAGUGGUCGCGUUGGAAACCUAAUGGUGACAGUCCUGAUGGUCAACCAAAAGAUGACGAACCUUCAGAUGAAACCUCUGUUGCGGGAAUGGAUAGACCAAAAAAGGAUAAACCAAAUGAUGACGACAAUCAACCAAUAAAAGGAAAACCAGAUGACGGAAACAAUAAACCAUCAAAUGAAGAUCCAGAUGGUGACGGAAAUAAACCGUCAAAUGAUGGAAAAAAUAAACCAAAAAAAGAAAACCCAGAUGGAGGUGACAAUCAACCAUCAAAUGAAGAUCCAGAUAAUGAUGGAAAUAAACCAUCAAAUGGUGGAAAAAAUAAACCAAAAAAAGGAAAACCAGAUGGAGGUGAUAACGAACCAUCAGAUGAAGUUUCUGUUGCGGGAUUAGAUAGAGAAAAAAAUAAAAAAUCAAAUGAUGGCGACAAUCAACCAAUAAAAGGAAAACCAGAUGACGGAAACAAUAAACCAUCAAAUGAAGAUCCAGAUGGUGACGGAAAUAAACCGUCAACUGGUGGACAAAAUAAACCAAAAAAAGRAAAACCAGAUGGAGGUGACAACAAACCAUCAAAUGAAGAUCCAGAUGAUGACGGAAAUAAGCCUUCAAAUGGAGGGAAAAAUAAACCAAAAAAAGAAAACCCAGAUGAAGGUGACAAUCAACCAUCAAAUGAAGAUCCAGAUAAUGAUGGAAAUAAGCCUUCAAAUGGCGGGAAAAAUAAACCAAAGAAAGGAAAACCAGAUGGAGGUGACAAUCAACCAUCAAAUGAAGAUCCAGAUAAUGAUGGAAAUAAACCAUCAAAUGGUGGACAAAAUAAACCAAAAAAAGGAAAACCAGAUGGAGGUGAUAACGAACCUUCAGAUGAAACCUCUGUUGCGGGAUUAGAUAGAGAAAAAAAUAAAAAACCAAAUGAUGGCGACAAUCAACCAUCAAAGGAAACACCUGACGAUCCAUUUCUUAUUGAUUUUAAAAAGAAAGUUAAAAUGAUUCCCGAAAUCAAUGACGUGGGCGACGAUCCAAUUCUUGACGAACCGUCAGAAAUACCUGACGAAACAGAUCGACGUCCCGGCGAUUCGGGUGCUCUCAUACCAUUGGAUAACAACAAAAGCCGUUUUGCUAAAGUAUCGGACGAUCAGGUCUGCUAUAUUGGCAUUGAAAACGAUACGGCCUUUUGGACAGAUCCGUGUAAAUCAGUGACAGACGACGAUAACAAUUAUCCGCCGAAUAUUAUUGCAUACAUUCAGCCGAARUCGAAAAUCGAUUAUUUUAUCAAUAAAAAUGGCGAAUAUUGUUCCAGAAGUCCAGAGAAUAAGAAAUCGUGUCUAAAAUGGCGCGACAAUAAAGAAAUCUUUGGUUGUCAUGAAAGAUCUAAAGACGAAGAAAUGCCGAUUGAGUUGAGAUAUUUGUGUAACAAUCCAGUGAUCAAUGCGGGCGGUGUUUACAAUGAUAUUAUACAUGUCUUCAGAGGUGGCAAACAAUGGAGAUUUAAUAAUAAACCGAAAGACAAGAAACCAUUUGGUGAUCUAUUGGACGGUGCGUACAAAGCAAAGACAAAUUGGACGGGAAUUCAUUUUCCGGGUGGUGUUGGCCAGUGGUCACCUAAUGGUCCCGAAACUGGUGGUCCUGACAAUUUUAUUAUUGUCUACAAGAAAAAAUGGUCCAAAUAUGGCAAACCUGGUCCACAACCUACAGCUGGCGAUAUCAGGGAUAUGCCGAUUGAUGACUUGGAAGAGGAUGACGAUCCGGCUGACAGUCCAGAUCAGGGGGCGCUCAUACUGGUUGAUCCCAAGCGCAAGAGAUACGGCAAGAUUAAGGGACCUGACGUUUGUUAUCUGUAUAUCAAGAAGAACGUUGCCUUUUGGGACGGCAAGUGUAAACCGGUCACCGAAGACGCCAACAAUUUUCCGCCCGAUAUUAUUGCAGCGAUACACACACCAGAAAAAUACUGGUAUUUUGUUGCCCGAAACGGUACUUAUUGUAGACGAGAGGACACGUCUAAGAUUGAGUGCACUAAAUGGGGAGAUAAUAAAGAACUCUUUGGUUGUAACUCUAAGCCAUUGAAACGAGAGUUGGAACAGUUGUGUCACAACACUACUAUCAAUUCUGGUGGUAAUGUUGAACCCAAUGUCUUAGUUUUCAAGAAUGGCAAGUAUUGGCAGUUUGAUAAUAAACCAGAAAAAGGUAAACCCAUUGGCAACCUUAUCGAGGGUAAGGUUCCCAUACACCCAAAAUACGAUGGCAUGCAUUUGCCCGGAGGUAUCAGUCAUAACAAGGACGCACUGGUUAUUGUGUAUCAGAACCGAUGGGCUCAAUGGGUACCAGAGGGUAAGGGAAGAAAAGCAGACAAUGAAGAUGACACUACAACAGAAUCCGACAGUAAUGGUUUCAAACCAUCUAAAGGAGGAAAGAAAGAUCCAGACGAUAAUACUGAUGGCUUUGAACCGGGAGCUAAGUCAACAACGGAAAACCCCGAUGGAAGUGAUAGUUUUGAACCCGGUAAAGGAAAGCCAUCAAAAGGAGGAAAAAAAGAUUCAGAUGAUAAUACCGAUGGYUUUGAACCGGGAGCUAAGUCAACAACGGAAAACCCCGAUGGAAGUGAUGGUUUUAAACCGGGUGAAGGAAAGCCAUCAAAAGGUGGAAAGAAAGAUCCAGAUGAUAGUAGUGAUGGCUUUGAACCGGGAGCUAAGUCAACAACAGGAAAACCUGAUGGAAGCGAUGGGUUUGAACCCGGUAAAGGAAAGCCAUCAAAAGGAGAAAAAAAUCCAGAUGAUAGUACUGAUGGCUUUGAACCGGGAAAAAACAAACCAUCAAAAGGAGGUAAAGGAGGUUCACAACCGGGAAAAGAUGAAUUGGAAACGACGACUCCGAAUGACGAUUUUGGCGUUGAUGUUAGCAAAAAGUCAAAACAAGGUCAUCCGGGUACYGAUACUGAUGAACCAACUGAUAUCAGCGAACAACCUAUUCUGGAUGAGCCUAAAGACCAAGAUGGUGAUCCUAAAGAUAUGGGUGCUCUUAUACCGAUGGAUUCGGGUAGAAAACGAUACGCCAAAAUCAUUGACACCGAUGUAUGCUAUGUUGUGGUGUCGUCCAGAGGUGACAAAGCCUUUUGGGACGAAAAGCCUAAAUGCAAACCCGUCACUGAAGACGCCAAUAACUUUCCACCAAAUAUUAUCGGUGCGGUUAAGACUAGAGGCAAUGUUUGGUACUUUUUUGAUAGGGAAGGCAAACAUUGCAAUCGUAAAAACAACGAUACUAUCAAAUGUACUGAGUGGUCGGAUAAUAAAGACAUCUUUGGGUGCAAUACUGACAAAAGCACUGAAAUGGAAGAUCUGUGCAAUAAUCCCAUCAUUAAUUCUGCCGGCAAUUACUGGCCAUUUAUCUAUCUUUUCCGCGGACAACGAUACUGGAUGUUUGACAAUAAGGAACAGCCCGGAAAACCUUUGGGUAAACUUAUGAGUGGACCGGCACUCGCAGCCGACAAAUAUCCAGGCAUUCACUUACCCGGCGGUGCAAGUUAUCACAAGACAUCGUUUAUUAUAGUCUACCGAAAUAAAUGGUCACUUUGGAGGCUAAGAAAACAUCGACCGAAAGCAACAGAUGGUUCUAACAGACCCGUUGACAAUGAAGACAAUAUGAAUAAACCAGGAGUUGAUGGAGAGUUCAGUAAUAGUGGCAAAUCUACAACUCCAGCCACAAUUGAUGAAAGUAGUACUAAUGGAAAUGAAGGAAAUCCAGACGGAAAAUCACCUGAAGAUAGUAAGAAAGAUAGUGAUUCUGGAAAAUCUUUAGAUCCUGAUAAGGCUGAUGAUAGUAAAUCAACUGAUGGUAACAGUGAUAAUAAGGAUAAUAAUGAAAAAGGAGGAAAUGGUAAUAAAGAAGGAAAUGAUAAUAAAGAAAGAAAUGAUAAUAAAGAAGGAAAUGAUAAUAAAGAAAGAAAUGRUAAUAAAGAAGGAAAUGAUAAUAAAGAAAGAAAUGAUAAUAAAGAAGGAAAUGAUAAUAAAGAAAGAAAUGAUAAUAAAGAAGGAAAUGAUAAUAAAGGAGACAAUAGUAAAACAAGUUCAUCGACCGAUGAAUUGGGCGAUGUUUAUGAUCAGCCAAUUCUUGAUAAAGAAAAUGAUGACGAAACCGGUGAUCCAAUGAAUGCCGGGGCUCUCAUUAAUUUAGACAUUAAAUUAUCGAGAUUUGCUAAAAUCAAAGGAGAUAAGGUCUGUCCACUACAAAUCACUUACAACCAGACCGUAUGGAUCGGUGAUUGUCGUCCUGUAGAUAAAGAUGAAGAAMAAUUUCCGCCACAUAUUGUGGCCGCCAUUAAGGGAAGAGAUAAGUUCUGGUAUUACUUUGAUCCCGAAGGAAAGCAUUGCAAAAGAAUGGAUGGUUUGAGAACUAAGUGUGACAAAUGGAUUGACAAUCGUCUGGUGUUUGGCUGUAAUGCCGAAGAUAUCAGAUCGGAAUUAGAAACUCUUUGUGAAAACGUAACCAUCACUGGUGGCGGUAAUUAUCCUCCGUUUGUUUAUGUUUUCCGCGGCAGUAAAUUCUGGAAGUUUGAUGGACAUCACCCAAAACCUGGCAAACCGUUAGGAGAUCUUAUCAAAGGUAAUGAACCGGCAAAGAAUGAGUUCGACGGCAUUCUUAUGCCUGGAGGCGUCAGUUUUAAUAAAAACGCUUUUGUUGUCGUMUACGCCAACACUUGGUCUCAGUGGACAUCUUCGCUGAAGGACAAGUUAGCACACAAAGGUAUGCGACAAAAUGAUAAUGAAGUCAGUAAUGCACCGAUCGGUACGGUAACUAUGAGUAUCAUCGGCGAACCACCCGAUCUACCCGAUGGUGAGGACAGCGAUAGGGGUGCACUCAUACCUAUGGACGAGAAAAAAGGCAAAUAUGCUGUCGUCAGGAAAAAGCAGGUUUGCUAUUAUAAAAUCACUGAAGACAAGUGUUCGCUAAUUGGCGAAUGCGUUAAAGUGACCGAAGAUGACAACAAAUUCCCGCCUAAUUUGGUGGCCGUUAUUAAAGACAGAAAGAAAAAUUGGUAUUUCUUUGAUGGMGUCGGCAAACACUGUAUGCGCACCGAUAAAAAUAUUAAAAAGUGCAACAAAUGGGUCGAUAACAGUGAAAUUUUCGGCUGUAAAGCUAAGGGCAUCAAAUCAUCAGCCUUGAAGUCCCUGUGCUCUAACGUAAAGAUCAGCACCGGUACCAACUUUUCUCCAUUCAUUUACGUGUUCAGAGGCUCGAAAUAUUGGAAAUUUAAUAAUCGUAUGAAAGAUGGUAAACCAUUUGGUGAUGUCGUUGAAGGAGCCAAACCUGUUAAAGACAAAUGGGAAGGAAUGCACUUUCCGGGAGGCGUAGGAUAUUUGAAAACAUCAUUAGUUAUGGUCUAUAAAGAUCAGUGGUCUCUCUGGAGUAAAACAAACUCAAUCAUUGAUAGCAAGAUUGAGACCACA